GGCACUUGCUCUUCUUGCAAGGAUCGCCCUGGAGCCUGCAAGCCAUCCAUCCAUCCAAGGAUGGAGGGACCAGGCAAUUCCCAGAGGCUGCCAGGAGAAGCAGGCAUACUGAAUCCCUCCCAUUGAAAGGGAAGGGAGGAUUCAGACCCAAGGGCUGCAGGGAUCAUGGGAAGCAAAGGCCCUCCAGGUUUGGGCCCCAGAGCUUGACCCUGAUCUUGGCAGGCCAGAAAGGAGCAGCAUCACCCUUGGCCCAAGGCAACCUUCCAGGCAUCUCCCUCAAGGUAAAGCACAGUGGAAGCUUAUCCUGAGUUGCAGAGUGACGUCAUGCAGGAGAAUUAUGAGAAUGUGAUCUCUCUGGCAGAGGAAAUUGCAAUCAGCUGGCCCCGGAUAACUGCUUUUGCUGAAUCACACAGGAGGAGAGGCUUGGCACCAGUUUCUUUUCCCAGACCUCAGGAGUUACUGGAUUCUCUCGUUGUUCCAGCAGAUGAUGGGAUGGUGAGUGACAAUGAGAAUGGGAAUGAGGAAGAAGGAGGGGAAGAAGAUGAGGUAACACAACAGGAUGGAGAAAAGGGAGGAGGAGAUGGAGGUGGAAGUGACACCACAGUUGAGAAGAUGGAUGCUCAGCAGAAUUCAGUACCAGAGAAGUCUAAAGAGACCACCAGGUUUGAGCAGAAGGCCAGCAAUGACAUCUUGGAUCAACCCUGCUCAGAUGAGCAGCUGAAAAAAUCCCUGGGGAAGAAGCCAUGCAAAUCAAUCACACAUCGUGGCUUCAAGAAAUUCUCCCCGCGUGGCCACCAUGGAUUGCUAGGCCACACCAGCCGAUGCCAUGAUUGUGGCAAAGGGUUCAGCUUCAGCAAGCGUUCACGGUUGUACACCAGCACUGGCAUGGAGAAACCCUACAAGUGCAAUGAAUGUGGCAAGUGCUUCCGGCUCAACUCCACUCUGGUCACCCACCAACGACGGCACGCCAGCACCAAACCCUACCGUUGUGCUGAAUGUGGCAAGAGCUUCAGCGUUGGCUCAGCCUUCAUCCAGCACCAACGUACCCACAUGGGCAAGAAAGGUACCGCAAGCCCGGCCCGCUGUUGUGAGUGCAAUGUGUGUGGCAAGAGUUUUGGCCUUCCAGCUCACCUUAUCAAACACCAAAAGCAGCACCUGGAGGAGAAACCCUACAAGUGUAGUGAAUGCGGCAAGGGCUUCAACUGGAACUCACACCUGGAGCGCCACCAGCGCAUCCACACAGGGGAGAAGCCUUACGCCUGUGAGGAUUGCGGACGGGCUUUUGCUUGGAGCUCCCACCUGGACCGACACCGGCGGACACAUUUGGGCAAUACCCAGAUCACCAUCCCUUGCAGGUGCUGUUUAGCCAAAACAGACAAGCCAGUGAGCAAGGCUACUGCCAAACCUUACCAGUGUGCCGACUGCGGAAAAGGAUUUGGCAAGAAUGCAGCACUUUCCAAGCACCGACGGGCUCACCAUGCAGCCGAGAAGCCCUACGUCUGCAAAGACUGUGGCAAGAGCUUUGGGCUGAAUGGGGCCCUGCUGCAGCACCGCCGGACGCGCCACCCGGAUCACUCCACCAAGCCUUAUGCAUGUAAGGACUGUGGCAAGAGCUUUGCAUGGAGCUCCCACUUGGACCGGCACCAGCGCAUCCAUGCUGGCGACAAGCCCUACCAGUGUGAGGACUGUGGCAAGGGCUUCUCUCAGAGCUCCCACCUCGGGCGGCACCAGCGCAUCCACCGGAGUCCUGAGCACCCUCCCUGCCGCUGCAUGGAUUGUGGCCUGGGAGGGACCAGGCGGAAGCGCCAGCGGGGGAACUUGCUGCCCUGCAAGUGCAGUGACUGUGGGAAGAGCUUCCUCUGGAGGCGCCCAGCCUGCAGUGAGUGCGGGAGGGGUGGGGGAGAAGGUGUGCGCCACCAAGGCACACAGACUGGAGAGAAACCCUACUCCUGCCUAGACUGUGGCAAGUGCUUUGCCCAGAACUCAGCACUGGCCAAACAUCGCCGCAUGCACACUGGGGAAAAGCCCUAUAAGUGCAACGAGUGUGGCAAGAGCUUCAGUGUGCGCUCCAACCUCCUGAAGCACCAGCGCACCCAUCUGGGUGAGAAGCCCUACAAGUGUGAUGAUUGUGGCAAGGGCUUCAUCCAGAAAUCGGACCUCACCAAACACCAGCGCAUGCACACUGGGGAGAAGCCCUAUCACUGUGACGUCUGCGGGAAGUGCUUCAGUGUCAGCUCCAACCUUAUCAAGCACCAGCGCAUCCACUUGGGUGAGAAGCCCUAUGCCUGCGGGGAGUGUGGCAAGGCCUUCAUCCAACGCUCAGAGCUCACCAUCCACCAGCGUACCCACACCGGGGAGAAGCCCUAUAAGUGCAGCAUCUGUGGCAAGUGUUUUAGCCGCAGCUCCCACCUCAACCGCCACCAGCGCACCCAUGGAAAUGACAAAGCCUCUGCUGGCUCUGGGGCAGCCCCUGCCACAUUCCUUGCCACCCACACUGCCAAACCUGCAACUCCCCUGCCUGCCUCUGCCUUCUCAGCCUCCUUUGCUUCACCUGGUCCCCUCCCUAUGCUACCGUCCUUCCCUUCCUCCCCAUCCCCCUUGUCCAUUCCUUCUUUGGACCUGCCCUGGGCUCUCUCUUUCCCAUCGCGAGGCUUCCCACACCCAUCCUUCCCUUCUCUUGCCUCUUCUGGUACCCAGGCCUCUUCUUUGAUAAACUAGCCCCUUUCAUUUCCCUCCCUGUCCUCUCCUUUCUUGAUAACAAACACUUCCCUUCUGCAGAACCCGCGUUACCUAGUAUAAGUGACCAGUGGGCCAGUGAAUCAGGAUUUUAGUCAGAAAUUUAAAGAAGCUUUCCAAAGCAUUAACCUCUAUCCCUUGAGUAGAUUCACUGCCUGUACUGAGAUGAGAGACACCAGCCAUCACUGCCUAGUAUGUAUGCCCUCUGAGUUUCCCUUAUUAUCUGUUCCCUCAGAUUUGACUCUGCAGCUUCCUCCUCUCUGUUUCCAUGAGGGGCUUCCUAGAAAAACUAGGCUAGCAUCUGUGGAAAUCAGAAUAUCAGGGGCAUGUCUAAGGGUUGCAGGGUGCAGACCACAAUGAGUGACACAAUAGAGGGUGUCUGCCUUCCAGUGUGCUAUGUACUGCCAUGCCUCUCCAUGGGUAGAUCAGGUCUCCUGGAGACUGAAGGCACUUGCCCAGAGGUAACAAGGAGGUCAGCCAGGACACUGUUGGCAUGCCACAGCAAACUCCUGGAGACCUCUUCCAUCACUGAAUGGCACCUGGACCCCUUUGGAAUUGGUGAAUAAGAUGAGUAGACCAGAACAACCCAGGAUGUGGACAGUCCCUUUGGGUGCCCCGAUCCACCAGUCAACGGCAAAUAGAUUGGAGCUUUUUUCUUCCAUAGCAGCCUGGUCUAUUCCUGAGAGACCAUUGGCCUGGUGGCUCUGAGGCUGGGGAUGGUAGCAUGGAUUAUCACACUGGGGUGACACCAACCCUCAUGACAACACUGAGAUCUAUGAUCUGAUCCAGGUCUUCUUACAGUCUUAUAUUCCUCAUUGUUCCUCCAGCAUUUAGUGUUUAGCUCAGCAAUCAGCCGUCUUCUAUUAUUUCAUUGUCCCCCUGACCUUAACCUCUAACUCUUCUAACCUUUCUUGCUGUAUGACCCAGGGCUUAGUAAUGCUUUGACAGUAGACUCAUGAACAACUGUUGGACUUGAGUCAGUCAUGACUAAUUUAAGUCCCAUGGAUUUCACUGGACUUUCUCUAAGUAUGACACAAGAGAGAAUCCUAUAUGACAGUUAAGAAGGUGUAACCUAGAGUACAGACUUCUGGCAAAAAUCUCUUACAUACUACACAGUUAUCGCACUAUGAUUCCACUUUAACUGCUGUGACUGUAUCCUGUGGAAUCCUGGGAUUUGCAGUUUGUAAAGGCACUAGCCCUCUCUGGCAGAGAAUACCUCAUAAAACUAAAAAUCCCAGGAUUCCAUAUGAUGGCACCAUGAUAAUUAAACUGUUAUAACUGUGUAGUAUAACUAUUAUAACUGUGUUAUAACUGUGUAGUGUGAAAGAGUGCAAAGUCUGGCAUCAAAUCAUGGCUUCUCAUGUUCCUCGUUCACUAAAUAAAAGCUAGCUCCCUUAUGUUUUUACUACUUCAAAGUCAUGACUUUCACUUUUCUGUUUUCCUUCCUGUAUUCUUCACACUCAGAGCAUUCAAGUGAAUCUUAAUUCAACAAAAACAACAAAACAGUAUCCACAUAGCUUCCAACUAUUCUGAUUUUUUCAGAAACAGCCCCAUUUAAUUUUCUGUCAUCCCCAUUUGGCAGCUCCUUCUAAAAUGUCCUAGGUUUUCUCUCAUUCUGUUACUUCAUUGCUGACAAAGUGAGUUAAAAAUGCAAAAAUAGUUUGCACUCAUUUAACUCAGGAGGACAGAAAGGAGAAGAGGGGACAGCCUUGCCUUUCCCAGAACGUUCAGUCAAAAGCAAACUGCUGCAGCCUCUCCUAGCUUAUGUGUUCUUAUUCUUUAAUAACUUUUGCCAUCUUGGCCACACUCUGGUGUUGCUUAGCCACAUGUGCCCCAGUUUUCAUCUGUGAAAUGUUGGAGGGUAUAUGUCCCCCUUUUCUCUGGAUUCUGUUCUACCUGCUGUCUUUGUUUCCUAGCCUGUAACCUCCUUGGAGCCAAGAUCAAAUCAUCUUCUAGAUCAAGAUGUGCAGCCUUCAGCCUGUAUGGCACUUAUAACUCCCAAAUAUUUUCAAUGCAGUUGUCUGUGCUUUUGCACCACUGUGAAAAUACUGCCGUUCUGGCAUUGCCAUUAACAUGUGAUUAUGUGCUCUUAGAUUAUACCAGGAGUAGAAUCAUAGAGUUGGAAGAGAUCACAAGGGCUCUCCAGUUCAACCCCAUUCUGCCAUGCAGGAACUCUUAAUCAAAGCAUCCCAGACAGACGGCCAUCCAGCCUCUGCUUAAAGUCUUCCAAGGAAGGAGACUCCACUACAUUCCUAAGAAUUGCAGAGUCCUUCAGAUGUUGCUGAAGUGCUACUCCUGCAUUUCUCCUCAUUGAUUAUGUUUACUAGGGCUGCUGAUAUUUGCAGUUCAGCGUUUUCUGGAGAGCUCACAAUGCCCUCCCCAGAUUAUGUGAUAUACAGGCACUUUAUAUUUGGGAGAGAAACUCUUAAUAGAAAUAUAUGUGCAUUGCACGGGAAAGCUUGCAGCUGGUUUAGUCCCAGGCAUUUCCAUUUACAAAAGAAUGUACAGGAUUCUGGCAAAAAAAAUCUCUUCCACACUGCAACAAGGGAUGCUAAAAUCCUCUACCUAGUCAGAUUAGACAGUUCUGGUAUGGCCUAAUCAGUAUAAACCAGCUCCCUACUCCCUGUCUCUUCUUGACAAAUGUCCAUAAAUAACCAGUUAAAAAGAGUGUUUCAGUAAAGAGCUACCUGGGAGAAUGAUAGAAAAUGGAGGGUUUGUGCAGGUUCUGAUUCAUUUCAUAAGUCAUUAUGCAACAGUCAAAAGUUAGAAAAGUUAUAUUUUAGGACUACAGCUACCAAAAGUCCCCAAUUAGCAUGUCCAGUUUUGGGACACAGAACAAAUUCUGGCUGGAGGAGCUCCCACUGAUUAUCAAUUGAUUAAAUUUAAUAAACUUUAAAUAUCACUCACCAUGGGCCUUUUCACACCACACAAUUAUAGCGCUACAGCUAGGGCUCCUUCUGGCAGAGUGGGACAACAAUGCUGGGUCAGGGAACCAAUUUUCUGGCCAUGGGCCCCUCCAAAAGACCACACAGAUUAUCAGUAUGCUCCCUGGCAAACUUUUUUAAAAAAAUAAACAUUGUUUUGACAUUCAGCAAUCCCUCCCCCUCCCCCUCCCCCCCCGGCCAUCCAUUUAAGAGAUGAAUUGCUGUUCCUGGAGCCUUUCACACUACAUAGCUAUAGCACUAUGAUUCCACUUUAACUGUCAUGGCUGCAUGGCUGUCAUGAGGUUUCCAGUUUGUACCUCCUCUGAACAAGUCUUGCCAAGAUAGAUAGAUUUUGCCUUAUGGUCAACACAAGUCGGCAACUACUUGGAGGCACACAACACACAACAAGGCCCUAGAGCCCUCUGGCUGAGAACUAAGUACUGCUCUGUCCUAUACACCAGUCAGCAGAUGCUGUUAGAGUGCAAGAGCUAUUUGGUAGCUAGUCAAGUCCAGGUCAGUCACAGGUUAUCUGAGCAAGAUGAAAAGUGAAGCACAAGGGUAGUCAUCAGCCGGUCCAGAAGUCAUUGGAGCAAGUCAGUAGUCCAGAUACAGAAAGCCAACAAAGAGUAAACAGAGUGGUCAAAGCAUGACCAGUCCAAAGUCAUGAACACAGGAGAGUACUGUCAGCCAAUAGGAUAAGAUGGUUGGCAGCACCAAAGCUGAGAGGGAGCUGCUGGGAUAUUUAUGGGCAGCUUUUUGAAGGCCACAGGUAGCUACUGUAUAUACCCAUGUAUAUGUCUAGAAAUUUAGGUCAAAACAUUGACCCAAAAAA